GGCUGAUGCGCUGCCUGCGUUUGCACCGUGCCCUCUACCGCGCCCCUCGCGGGGGCGACUUGCAGCAAUUAUUGCUAGUGAGACAGCUGCACGCGCGCUGGUGGGGAGAGGAUGUGAGGAAAAGGGGCGCGACAAUGGAGGAGAAGGAGGAAGAGGAGCAACCGCUGCUAAGGCCGUCCUGGAACGCCGGCUUCAGACGCCCCCGCCGCGCCCGUGGGGCCGCGCCCGCUCCCGCUGCCUCUGGCCCGCCCUGCUGCUGCACCAGCUGCCGGUGGGCCUCGGGCUGGCCGGAAGGCUGCACAACGAGGUUCGGGCACUGCGCCGGCUGGGGCGCGGCAACCGCGGCGUCCUCGAGGCGGCUCCUGCGCGCGCGAUGACCGGCGCCCUGGGGUCACGGAGCCGCCCCAGGGCCCUGCGUGGGGGGCGGUGGCUGGCGGGACCUGACCUGGGCAAGCCCCGCCCGGCCGCCGCCCGCUCCGCGGGGGGAGCCCGAGAGCGGCAGCGCCGCGCGGGCGCGGCCCGCGCCCUGCAGCGCCGAC